AUGUAUCUUUGCCAGCCAGCCUCGGAUCGCUUUGCGCAGAGCUGCGUCGCGGAAUUGGCUUUCGAAGACUUACCUUUCCGACCACUGCGAUCAACACCCUUGGAUCUCUGGAGGCAUAAGGACAUGCGUAGAUCGACUCCGCAUCAUUUGGUGAUCGCUGCCGAGUUGAUAUUGCUGGUGAUUCUCUUGGCGCUGCCUUUGAUUGGCCUUGCCGCAGGCUUGGAGGGACUUCGCCUCUUCCAGCAACCCUCGGCCAACUGUCUGCAGGCUUCUGACCUCUUGAAGGAGCUUAAAGUUCCAGGAACUUUUCGCCUCACCCACCAUGUCCACCUCUGUGAGGAUGCUAACUCAGAGCUUCCUGCAGAAGAGCUGGAGGCCGGGGCUGAAAUACGAAUUUUGCAGCUCCGGGUCAUUGACCGCAGCAGUUGGCUGACAGCAGCCCGAGCCCUUGACUGGCAAGAACUUCAGCAGCGCCUUCGUGGGAUCCAUCCGCAGGCACUCUGGGCCCAGAUGGAGCUGGAUGGACAGAAGGGUUGGGCGAAGAUCUUCGAUGAGGUCGAGGUUGAGAGCUACGUCGCUGGAUCCGACCGCCAGGUGGCAUCCUUUGAAGUCCACCAUGCACUCAAGCCAGCACCAGUUGCGUUCGCGAAGCACACCUUGACUUUGUCCACAGCCUACGUGUCCACGCAGUGGUUCCUAGAACGCUCCUUCCUCCUCUUCUUCGGAGUCAACGUCUUCCUUCUCAUGGCCGUGGGCGUCUGUGCCACCCACUUGCUGGUCUUAGCUCAGCUUGAGGAAUCCUUUCAGCUCUGGCUUCGGCAUGAGCAGGCCCUUGAACAUCGAAAGUUGCUGCGCCUGUCUACCUCGAGGUGGAAGUGGGGUCUUUUCCAAUGCCUGUCGUCCGUCAUUUCCCUGAGCCUUGUGUUGGCCAUUGCGGGGACUGGGCAGUUGGAGUCGUUAUCCUUCAUUGGCUUCCUCGGUUCAAUGUAUUUACAUAGAAACUCCAUGCGUGGAUCCGUGGAAGAGCUGUCAAAGUGGCGUCAGCCGCAGCUUUCGACGGAGUGCCUGGUCUUGAUUUCGGACCAGUGGCCUGCGACCAGCGAUGCACCGGCGACACUAUCAAGGGCAAGAUCCGUCAAAAGCGCAGCGGCCAGAUAUCUUUCGACGAUCUUUGCAGUGUUUGCCCUCGCUGUCUUGUCAAUGGCAUUGCUGGAUUCAUUGCAGAUGUCUGGAGAAGUUGCCCACAUGGAGUUCAGCCGCGGCUUGCUGGUCUACCCAUUUGAUGCCGAUGCGUUUCACAGUACCAUGCUGCUCGAUGACAAGGCCGACUCCUUUACUCUACAGCUGCAAAGGGGCUUGCACACAAAGGCAGUCAUUGUCGAUGUGCACCACCCACUUCUGCGCAGUGAAAGCUCGGGUCCGCUGCCCGCUCAAGAGAACCAGAGUAUUGAAUACGAAAUCCCUCUUCCACCAGGCCCGCUCUAUGCCCAGAUCUCGAUUCUGGCAAUGGGAAGUCUGAUGAAUUCUGUUUAUCUUGUGCACAUUGUAAGGAUCGGGACCGCCGCAAACAUCUCCUUAGAAGGCACGUUCGACAAGGAGCAAUACAGUGACUCGCAAACCAUCGCCUUUGGCGAGACCCGCCGGCUGCUAUACCAGCUGCAAAAUCCUGUUUGGUAUUUGCCAGAUCUGAAUGUAGAAGGGAUGCUUACAUUUCGUGUGCACCUACGCCCUGUGUGCUUCGCACCCCUCAAACAUUUUUCAGAUGGCAGAUGGGAGGGUGCUGCCUGGGCUAAAUCAUGUGAAUGUGGCAAUGAGCUGGCCGGUUUCGGUGAUGCGUGCUAUUUCCGACAGAGGAUGAAAGUAGGAAAUGAAAGCGUCUGUGUAUUUAUUCGAAGAGCCAGGCCUCACAUACAUGUGCAGGAGGGGGCUGCUGGAGUAGGAGAUCCCAACGGUGCACUGAUUCCGUGGUUGCGCGACACUUCCAUCAGUGGCAAACUCGUUAAGCUCGCCGUGACUGCGAACGGCAAGCAGCCGAGAAGUCAUGAGCUCACGGCUCAAGCUACUGCUCAUCUGUCCAGCAUUGAUAACAUGUUCCGGGCAUCUGUUGAGGCGGAAAUCCUUUUGCAGGAUGCCACGCUCCAGUUGUUGAUAUCAUCUACGCAAGACGAGACCGACGUUGAGAGUCAGGAUGUCCCGUUGGUGCUGAAGUCACAUCCGCCGCCCAUCUAUCUGAAAGCUGCUGGGCAGGGCUUUUUUCUCCCCCCACUUCAGAAUCAGAUACAACGGGAAAGCAACUAUGCAUUCUGCGGCCAAUAUUCCAGAACCGCAGAUUUGUUGUGGACCGUGUUGGAUGACCGUUUUGAGGUCUCGGUUGCCCCCGAGCAGAACAAUGAAAAGGACUGCCAGGCAAAGUUCCCAGAGAUCCAGCAGCUGCGAGCAGUGCGGCGACAAACAGCGCAGUGUGCCCCUUGGUGCUCCCGCUACCGGCCUUGGGCCGAAGACUAUGACUUACGUGUCGUCCACUCAAACUCCAGGUGCCUCACAGCAGCUGUGCAGUUGUUCAACACGUCGGCUGUGCUGCUGCUAGAGAACACCACGCUCGAUUCGUUCAGCAGGAAGCGGUGUCUGGAUAAUUUGGACGUCCUCGGCCAGAUGCUCUUCCACAAUCAGAGUCUUACAAAGAAACUCCUUGACAAGACUCCGGUAGAGCAAGCGGCACCGGACCCAAAUCGGGAGUAUAGGGGACAGAGGCUGCUGCAGGUGGCUGUCACCAAGAACAGCUUGGAGAAUUUGGACAUACUUCUUGGCAGCACGAGCAUAAUGGUUGACCUUCCCAACAAGGAUCAAGAGAAUGCGCUGCUAACAGCCGGCCGGCUUUGUCGCCUGCGUGCCAUGCAGAAGCUGUUGAACCACAAGGUCAACAAGGCCAAUGCAUCUUUCGAGAAUGAGAUACAGCCAGACAAGAAGGGGCUCAAAGGCUGCAAUGCAACCGUUCUCUCCUCUACGCUGACGGAAUAUGUCGCAUCCCGUGGUGCCUGCGGCGAAGAUGGACGGCGGGUUCUCGAGGCUGGAAAGCUGUUGGUUGAUCAUGGCGCCACCUACAACACAAGCCGAUGCGACUACCGAGGCUAUAUCAUGGAUGAUGCCAUCAAGUCUCGAAGAUUGGCUGCCAUGGAGACGGUCCUGGCAACAGGAUGGAACUCCAAUACACUGAUCAGUCCAAGGAAGAAGCCGAAACGGUCGGCAUUCGCUAAGCUCCUUCUCCUGAACUGGCAGGACAAGAGGACUCGAAGCUUUGUCGCAGAGGCUGCCCAGCUCUUGGCCCAACGUGGUGCGGAUGUCGACGCGUAUGUUAUUCGCAAACAGACAGGGCUGGCCAAGGCUGCAGAGGAGUGCAACGGAGACUUGAUCGCGCUCUUGCUGCGAUUGGGUGCUAAUAGCACCAAGAAAGACAGCGACGGCAAGGAUGCCCUGUCUUACGCUCGUGAGUGUUCGGACUCCAACAUCACAGAGAUCUUCGAGAAGUCACUGUGA